AUGACCAUAAGGGUCAACCUCAGGCCCGUCAUCGCUCUUCUGGGUAUUGGAGUAGUCUCUAUACUGCUCUUUGUCCAGUACACCGCGCGGGACAAUGCCGAGGAAUGGAGAUAUGACGAAUACAUCUCGAGGACGAUUGGUGUACUAUCGUGCGUGCUGUCAUCAGGUCCGCAGGCGAGGCUGAUAAUUAGGGAGCGAGAGUACCGCAGAGGACUGCAGCAUGAGGGCUCGGGCGAGCGGAUCAGGCGCUUGCUCCAAAAAGCGAGCAGAGGGGAGACUAUCACUGUUUCGGUUAUUGGGGGUUCUGCAGUAUCGAAAGGCAGAGGUCUAAUACCACCUCCAGAUUUGCGCCCAAGAGAUCCGUCAAAUCCAUCCGAGCGGAAGAGUGACCGAUCCGAUAGGGCCGUUCAAGGCGCGUUCACGCUGUACUCGCCCGAGAACAUGCACGUCCUAGUCUUUGACUGGCUCAGCAACAUGUUUCCUGACAAGGAACAUCGCUUUGUCAAUGGGGCCCAAGGGGCUGUAGGUGCCGAGUACUUUGGAUGGUGCUUCAAGGAGCACAUCUCGGACGACGCGGACUUGGUCAUUGUCGAGCUGGGCAUCAACGACCUGCUCACUAUGUCGGGCUACGCAGCAUAUGAGCGGCUGAUACGGUCGGUGCUGGAGAUGAAGAACAAGCCGGCAGUGAUCAAUAUCGAGACAUUUACGGUCCUCUUCUCUCCCAUCAUCUCCGCUUCGGCAGUCCAUCAGGACAUCUGCGCAUACUACGACAUACCUUCCAUUUCCCUGCGCGAUGUGGUGCUGCCUCGAAUACUGGCAGACCCAGAGGAUGAGAUCCCACGCUGGUUCCGCACAGGCGAUGACUUGAGCCAUAUCGACCCAAAAGUCCGAGAAUACGGCAAUGAGCUUGUCGACAUGAUGCACAUAUCCGCUGUCGGUCACGCACUAGCUGCAGAUCUUAUGAUACGAUACCUGUCACAACAGCUUCACCGGGUGCGGAGAGGGAAGCGGUGGUGGAGGAUGGCCACUCUGGAGGAGGACGAGCUCUUGGUGCCAUCGACCCUCUUGACUGGCUCCUUUGAUCCGCAUAGCAAAAUCCCGAUAUCGCAGCCCGUUUGCCGAUCUAUGAACUCGGCCCAUAUCCACAGUCGCGUCUCACAAGACGAGGAGGAAGAUCUAGACGUCGAGGAUACUGUUGAUGGAGUCAGAGGUGUCACACUAGCUGAGGGGUCGAGCGGAUGGACGAUCUGGUCCUGGAAGGAAAAGCAAUACCUCGUAUCGAGCAAACCCGGCUCUAUUGCCAAAUUCGCCUUUAUCACCACCAGUCCCUCCUUUCCCCCUCCGCCUCGACUCCCGGACCAGCGACCUAUCCGCAUAGAAAGGCCGAAUCGGAGCAAGAAUUCACGGCCAGGCGGAAAGCAGCAUCGCGAGCGUGCAUUAGCGGAUCAGCGGGCGUCGAGAGGAGGAUCAGUGGCGAUUGCAUAUCAGCGGAGCAAGUUUUAUGGGCUGGGACAGGUGUCGUGUUGGGUGGAUGACGAUAUGCGGGGGACGAGAACGGUGGACGGAUAUUGGGAUAUUGAGGAGAGGAAUAUGGGCGUUGUAAUGGAGAUUGCGAAUGGUCUUCUGCCCGGACCACAUACACUGUCAUGCGAGCUACUAGACGAGACGAACGAUCCAAAGGGAAGAAGAGAGUUCCGGAUCAUUGCGGUCAUGCACGAUUAG